UAUAAUUAUUCGUUUUCUAUAGUUAAUAUAAUAUACUAAUAGGAUGUUUUACGUGGAUACUCAAAGGACUAUCACGCGGCGGGACAGCUCCCUCAUAACUACUGCUAGAACCUCUCCAGACCGUGACUCCCUGUUGACCGUCCGUGGAAACUCCAGUGCACAUUUCGGCAGCGACCAUUUCAAUCAGACAACCGUUCGUCCAAAGGGCUCCGUACAAAAGGAACUAGUAACUUUACUCUUCGAGUCGAUGCUUAAACACAUUGUGGUGUCUUGGGAGGUUAUCGAGCCGGAAAAACCUAACUCGGAAAUAGAUAAGACGAUUAGUGAAGUCACUGUUUUCUCUGCUAAAAAGAAAGGAAAAGAGCAACAACCUGCAAAAACUACCAAACUUAAAAUCAACAGGUCGAAGUCGGGUUCGGAUCCGACAGUAGAACCAGCGGCGUUCUUUCCGUGGUGGUCAGGGCCGGACGAGCGUGUUGUCAUACGCUUCAAAAACGGAAAUCUGUACGAAGGGAACAUUUCUAUGAAGUGCAUGCAUGGAGAGGGGCGGUUCCAGUGGGCCGAUGGGACAGUGUACUUGGGGCAAUUCAAAAACAACGAAAUGGUCGGAAAAGGGAUGAUCCAAUGGAAGGACGACACGUGGUACGAGGGCGAGUUCGCGUGUAACCUGCGUCACGGGCACGGAUUGUACGUGGACUCCCGCAUGCAGGGGUCCUACGUCGGCGGCUGGCACCUCGGCACCAAGCACGGCUUCGGCGCCUUACGCUACCCGGGCCGCGGGACUAACUCGUACGACGGCCAGUGGGAUCAUAAUGUAAGACAUGGAGUUGGAUCACGCGAAUACUCCCAUGAUAGUGGCUAUAAUGGAGAUUGGGACGCUUACAUGAGAGAAGGGAAAGGGUUGAUGAUAUGGCCUAACAAUGAUUUAUAUAGCGGCGAUUGGAGAAACAACGUUAUGAGUGGUUUCGGCAUUUACAUCUGGGAUAUAUACUUUAACAACUCGAUGUCUAUGCCGUCGAUUAAUAUGUACCGUGGCGAAUGGCUCAAGGGCAAACGCCAUGGCUACGGGGUCCUGAACUUCGGCUACAGUUUGGGUUCGCAUUACAAAGGCGAGUUUAAAGAUAACUUAAAACAUGGAACCGGUAAAUUAGUCACUAAUACCGGUCGGACAUUUCGACAUAAAGCGUUGUUCAUUGAUGAUAACCUCGGCCCCCAUGAGUCAGAUAAUGAAAUCGAACAGCACCGCUACGCCCAAACACUUCGGAGUACUCAUCCCAAACUACCUCAUGUCCAGAAACCAAUUGAUUUUAACAUAAGUGACUCCAGCAUAGAUCUGAUUUAUCACGUCCAUCAGGCUCUUAAGAAUAUUGAUCGAGAAGCCGAAAUAAGAGCUGCUAUCAUCGCUAACUUCAUAGAGAACAACAAAUAUUAUCUUGAAUUAAAUGGCAAUACAUCUGUCAAACGCAAAGAUGAAAUGCCAGAAGAAGCAAACUUGAAUAUCGGAGAUUUAAUAACUUUUGAGGAAACAUCUCUUCGCAAAGCUUUACGAUGUUAUGAAACAGAAUUAAGGGACAUCUACUUUAUAUAUGCAAAAAUAUGUAAUACAAAAGAGAUUAGUUUCACUCCUAGUCUUAUCCGCUUGUAUCUUUGGCAGCUGUAUUUUGAUUGCAAGAUUCAUGAGAAAGGUUUAACGCUAGUCCAAAUAGAUAAUAUAUUCUUCAAUAACCCUGAAUGGAUCUCUCGAUCUCCUCACAACCCUUUCGAAAAAAUACACUUUUGGCAAUUUCAACAUAGCCUCAUUACUGUUGCGAGCAAGUUGUACGCCAAAACAACAUUUCCGGGACCAAAACCAGAUACGAUUUUAGCCAGUGCGUUUAGAACAUUCAUGGAUAAAAAUGUUUUGCCAGGUUCAGUUUGCCAUAAAGGCCACCUGGUGAACGGCUCUGGCUCAUAUGUGCCCCUGAAAGCCCUGUACGCACUGUACCGCAGCCUGGGCGAGCCCCACACUGUCCGCACGUUUCUGUGCGCGGCACUACGCCCUCACCAUGACGUGGAGCACCCGCAGCCGCCUAUGGUCGAAGCGCCCGAUGAAUGCCUUCCGAUUGGACGCAACAGCUACGUUCAUGAUGAUGAUAUGAUAUUCACCCUUGAAGGAGAUAAUAUUAAAGAAUGUCCGGAUGAAGACUUAAAUGGCGACACUCAGCUAAAGCUUUUUAAUUUUGGCAACCUGUCCUGCAAAAUGAUUCUAAAAAUAUUUGGUAGAAUAUUUCCUAAUGUUUUUGGGAACAAUCAAAUAUUGAAUUUGGAUGUCCAAAUAACGUUUUACGAGUUCUUCGAAGCCUUCAUCUCUUGUGCCGAGGAGAGUAUUCGGCUAAAGGAAGAACAGUUCAAAGACGCCGGUGCACAAACUAUCUUCAUGCCGUUAGAAAAUAUGUAUAACUUAAAAAAGUAGAUGUAGAUAAUCUUCGUGAUGAG